AUGUCUGCUGCCGAUGAUGAUGUCGUAAAGGAGCUUGACCAGAUGAAGAAGCAUUUGAAGGAGAUGGAGGAGGAAGCUGCUGCUCUCUGCGAAAUGCAGGCCAAAGUUGAGAAGGAGAUGGGUGUUGUUCAAGGAAAAAAUGAAAUUGGGGAGGAGAGCAGGAGAUGGAGUUCGUAUCAGCACGUGGGAAGAGCAGGGUCCAUCAUUCCGACGGCUUCUUUGGCCGGAACUGAGGUAAGGGAAUUGAAGAAGCAGGUACCGGACGUAGCGCCGGUUGCAGCGGAGCACAACGGAGACGUUGGUGGCAGCGGCGGCGACGACGAGGGAUCUGAGACCUCUUGGUGCUUCCCUAGUGAUGCGGACGAUGUUACGAUGAGUUCUUGCGGCGAAGGCGGGAAGAUGGUAAAGGUGACGGUGUGCUGCGAGGAUUGA